UGGACACAGCAGAUGCUUGUCAGUAUCACAUGACCGUCUUCACGUGAUUUUACAAAGUGUUUACUUGCCACACCAAGGGAUGAUCUGGAUUAGAAUGUAGAGAAGAUUACAUGCAAGCGUUGUAUCAAGUUGUAACGAAACCAUGAACGCCAUCAUUUCAUUGUGUCAUUUCUGUGAACUUCAUGGACCCAGAAUCUUGUUCUGCACUCAACCCUUUCGGCCGCAAGAAUCCCGAAAUGAGCUGGAUGCGGAAGACUCCGAAUCAUCAUUUCCUCGCAGGGUUAAGUCCCCUUCACUGACUGCUGACUCGCACAACGCGACCCCAUCACUGCCCAGCAUGAAGAAUGACAUGUGUGAGGGUUGCUACUCAGUGCAGCCUGGGUACGUGAGCCAUGACGAGGAAGCCCAUGUGAGCUAUGUCAGCACGCAACAUCCCUACCAUCCGCAGGUGUUCAGCCGCAUCAGACAGGCUUGUAUCAGGAGUCUGAGCUGUGAGGUGUGCCCAGGGAGAGAAGGCCCCAUAUUUUUUGGCGAUGAACAGUAUGGCUAUGUGUUAAGUUACACGUUCUAUGUUGAGGACACACAGGCUCGGGGACUGCAACGUUCCUACAGUAUCGUUAUUGUUAUGAUGGACAAGAUCUAUUUGUUGAACUCGUGGCCUUUUCUAGUGCCACAUUUAAAAACUUUGAAAGAAAAUCUUCAAACCAGAGCACACAGAGUAUACACAGAGGAACAAACAAAAUGUCCGCAGACGACGCUGCGACUGAACCCCACCAUCAACCCGGCUAACUUUAUCCAACAGAGGGGAGGCAACAAGCCUGCCCGGUCACUGGUUGAACUCACAGGUCACAAGAAUGUGUUUAAAGUGCUGCAUUUCUCGUUUAUAUGGAUCCUGAAAGCUUGCGGGAAUCGGAUGACAGAGACUUUGCUGGAAGGACCCCCGACAGAGGAUUCCAUCAUCGACAUGGAGAAACAGGAAGAGACGGAGGAAGGUUUCAUCAAGCUGUAUUCUCGAAAGAUCAGUGAUGAUCUCUCCGAGCAGGUGGCGUCGGAGGAUGAGGGCUGCGUUGGCAGUGAUGUGGAGCAGGAGGACAUGAGCAAGGCGCCGUUCAUUAAAGACUUGAGACUGUUUCGCAAGGCCCUUGGAAACAGCAAGUUCCACACCCUGGCUCACCAUGUACUCAUCGGCAACCAGGUGAUCAUCAGUGGUGCCGAAAAGUCACAGGUCAAGACCAUUCUGGCAGCUCUGAAGAUGCUGCUGCCAAAGGGCUGCUGUCGGUCCAUCACAUACAGCAACAUAUACGAGGAGUCCUGGCGCUGCAACUUCCUCGGCCUGGCCCUCAACGUCCCUCUUCCAAAUCACACGAUGUCCACGGAGAUGUUUAUCCUUGUGGAGGUGCUGAAGGGCGAGGGAGAAGCUACCCCCGACAGCUCACUGGAGUCCGAGAAGUCACUCUCAGACAACUGUUUCAGCAGCUUUCAUUACCGCCUCAGCAGCCCCGUCCAGCUCCCUGAGAAAGCCCCCACCGUGCUGCAGAAGAUGGAGAUGGCCCUGAGGAACGAGAACCUGAGCGAGGAGGUGGUGGAGCAGUGCUUCAUCUGCAUCAAGGAGGAGUGGAUGAAUAAGGUGAAGGUGUUGUUUAAGUUCACCAAGGCAGGAGGCAGUCGGUCAAAGGAAGACACAGAGAAAUUGUUCAAAGUCGUUAACGCACAGGAGGAAGACAAACAACUACUCAAAUUCUGGAUGACAGGCCUCAGUGUACAGUAUCGGACCCACAUACUGGCAUCCUCCAAGAAUCAACACUGAAACAUGUGAUACGAUAUUGUUUCUACCAUCGAGACCUCAGUGUACAGUAUCGGACCCACAUACUGGCAUCCUCCAAGAAUCAACACUGAAACAUGUGAUACGAUAUUGUUUCUACCAUCGAGACCUCAGUGUACAGUAUCGGACCCACAUACUGGCAUCCUCCAAGAAUCAACACUGAAACAUGUGAUACGAUAUUGUUUCUACCAUCGAGACCUCAGUGUACAGUAUCGGACCCACAUACUGGCAUCCUCCAAGAAUCAACACUGAAACAUGUGAUACGAUAUUGUUUCUACCAUCGAGACCUCAGUGUACAGUAUCAGAUCAACAGAAAGGUUCAACACUGUAAUCGAAACAGCGUCACGAGUGAAGGCUUUUACCACUAGGCUACCCGACCACCCCGGAAUAAUACUUGACACCACAAGAAAAACCAAAGUCACUCACUCAUUCAACCCAAGGUCAUCACUGAAACUGAGGAUGCAAAAUAUGUUCCACCCUAUUGAGUUGAAGGCUUAGGUCAUGACAGGCCUCGUUGUAUGUUAUAAUUCCUAUAGUAUCAUCUCCCAAAUCACAGCUAAGUCAAUGUCCAUCCAAGUCAAGCUUGCAUAAUACAGGACAAUCAAACUAGAAUUUGUUUUACCAUUGCAUUUAACCUGAUGUACAGAUCUGUAACAUAUUGUUUCACUGCGUAGUCAAUGUUAUUACUGGAUUGACAGUCUAAUGUUAAACAUUGUCCCAUCUCAGUCACCUCAAUCAGCGGGGGGAAAGGGGGACACAGGGGGCCUAGUUGUCUGAGGUGCCACAAAUCCCUGUGCAGAGUUGUGUCCCUUAGGCUUGACAGAAACCUAUGAUCAUGGGGUUGAAUCCUGGAUUCACCCUGAUUAUGUUUCAAGGUUUGUCAGCACCAUACCAGUGCUUAUGGGCUUCACAAGAAGAGAAAAGGAUAUCCAGUUUUGUACCCACCUUGCCUUCAUUUUGUUUGUUUGAAAUCUGUAUUUUGAAUGUUGUUAUUAAUGUCUUUCCCAUAAAAUGCACCUGUGAUUUUGUUAGAUAUGAUGUAAAUAUUUUUGGCUCUAUACAAUAAUAAAAUGUUACGAGUUU